GCACCGUUGUGGCAUGACAAGGGAGAGGGCGGGGAGGCCGCCGAAUAGCGCCCCCUCCCCCCCACGUCGCCAUGCCGCUGGAAAGCUUAGCUCGCAUCAUCAAAGUGCAGCUGCCUGCCUACCUCAAGCGCCUGCCCUUGCCCGAGAGCAUCAGCGGCUUCAUCAGGCUGACAGUUUCAGAAUGGCUGCGGUUAUUGCCGUUCCUGGGUGUCCUGGCACUACUUGGAUACCUGGCUCUUCGUCCGUUCCUCCCCAAGAAGAAACAGCAGAAGGAUAGCUUGAUUAACCUCAAGAUCCAGAAGGAAAAUCCCAAAGUAGUAAAUGAAAUAAACAUUGAAGAUCUGUGCCUCACUAAAGCAGCUUACUGCAGGUGUUGGCGUUCUAAGACGUUCCCUGUCUGUGAUGGCUCUCACAACAAACACAAUGAAUUGACAGGCGAUAAUGUGGGUCCACUAAUACUCAAGAAGAAAGAAGUAUAGAGAAUCUCUAAUCCAUUAAAUCACGACUGAUGUGAAGUCAUUUAUACACUUGUAAUUGCAGGACACAAUGUUUUAUGUACGUUGUGGCAUUUUUAGUCUAAUGGUUGCUGUAGAUUUCCUUUUGGUUUAACCUAUAGUUACAGGCAAGUGCUAGACCUAGGUCUGUGAUUUGAUACUUUGUAUGUUCUGAAGAAUCAUGUCUUGUGUAAAACUGUAAAGUAAACAUCUUUGUAAAUAGGCCUUUUUAUCUGAACACAAUGACCACUCCCAAUCUUACAAUUAAAUCUUUUCAGUAUGAACGUGAUGUAAUAAAAACCAUACUACUCGUAAAGGGCCAGA